AUGAUCAUCCUCCUUAACUCACUCUCAAUAGAGAAAUGUGAAAGGGUUCAACACCUUCUAACUGCCUACAAGAUAUGGAAGACCUUGGAGAACUACCGUGAGGAUACAAGACAAUAUGAGCUUGUUGACAUCAAGAACAAGAACCUCAAGGCUUUUCCACUUAAGGACUAUGGUUCAAGAGUGGCAAGUGUAGAAGAAGCCGAUGAAGACUUGGGGAAGAUGUAUAUGGAUGAACUUAUUAGAAAGCUUCUCACUCAUGAGAUGACUCUUAGGAAGGAGGAAGAGCAAGAAAAGGAGAAAGAGACAAGAAGAAAACCUUUGGCUCUCAAAAGCUCUAUAAAAAUUCAAGAGUGUGAAAGCUCUAGCGGAUCUGAAUCAAGGAAAGAUGAGGAUAAAAAACGUGCAAUGCUUUCCAGAAAGGUCAAGAAGAUCAUGAGAAAUAGAAGAAAAGAAAAGAGGCCUUUCAAAUGUGGGAAGCAAGGACACAUCAAGGCCAAUUGCUUUAAGAGCAAAAACAAGAAGUUUGAGAAGAAAAAGAAGAAAAGAAAAGCCUCAAAAUCCAUUUGGGACGAUACUUCAUCAAGUGAAGAUGAAGAUGAGGAAGUGGCAAACCUAUGA